UUGAAUUGAAUUGGGUUGCGGCAUUGUACGGGUUUCGCGUUCUUUUUAUCAUGGCCGCAUCAUCUACAGUCGAACAGCAAAAUGCGAUUGACGCAAACAGUAAUUCUAUUGGACUUGAAUUUGAUGAAAAGCUGCAAAGGCAAGAUUCACUGAAAGAUGAGGAUCUGAACAUUUUAAAGGAAAAGCUUGACAUCCUCCCGGAAAAAAUUAGAAAGAAGAUCAAGGAGCUUGAAGAUGAUUUUCAGGAAGGUGAUUUGACAGAGAAGGGUUACAAAAGAAGACUAAAGUUAUUAGUUGCACCACAUUUAGAGAAAAUUCAAAGUGUAUCAAAUGAUGCUGUAGUGGAGCUGUAUGAGCCAAAUUUAAAUGCACUACCAAAAUUUGCGGUAGAACAACUAGAGGAACUUGAACGUGAACUGAAGGAAGAGGAAAUCACAUUGAAAGGCUACAAACGAAAACGUGAAAAAAUUCUUGCUCCUUUUAUGCUAAAAGAGCCACCAUUUUCUUCACUUCCAAAAGGAAUCCAGAACGAACUUAAUGAACUUGCACAGGAUUUCAAAGACGGUGACCUCACGGAGAAAGGUUUCAAAAAGAAAAGAACAAAGAUUAUAACGCCCUACCUUGUGAAAGCAAACUCAUGGUCGUCAUUAGUAAACAUCUUGCCAAAUAGAAACAGUGUCCUCACAGUUUUUGUACCAAGUCAAGAGAAACAAAAAGAUGACAGUGAUCAAGCCAUUGGGAUACAAAUCAUGAAUGGAAAUGAGAAAAUUUUCAAAUGCCAGCUCUGCAAUGAAGUAUUCAAGCAAGCACAAAGCUUUAGUGGCCACUGUAGACUUCACCGUAAUAACAAAUCAAAAGCAUUCAAGUGCACAAUAUGUAAAGCCACAUAUACAACUAGAAGUCAUCUGAAGUUUCACAUGUACAAGCACACAGGUAAUUACCCUUUCAACUGUGAAUACUGUGGCAAAGGAUUUGCAGGCCGUAGCCAAUAUCGAUAUCAUGCGUUGCGUCAUUCUGGGCAAUCACCAUAUAUAUGCAAAGAUUGUGGCGGCAGAUUUUGGAAAAAGAGAAACCUUGAAGUUCAUUGCUCCAAGCACCGUUGUGAUGAUGCUCCAGCUGGCCUUCAAAAAUGUGCUCAUUGUCUGGCCAUGUUUGAAGAUUUAGAGGAUCUGCAAACACAUAUGUACGAGCAUGAUGAUGAAGUCCAAGAAAAUGUUAAAGCAACACAGGCAACUAUGGUACAAAGAACACAGAAUAAAAAUUCUGAGGCAAAUAAUGACGAAUCGAUGGAAAGUGAAGAAGAGGAAAUUCCUGAUGAUGAUGAUGAUGAAGCAAAUGAUGAUGUUGAAUCAACAGCAAAAGACUUACCUGGGGAAAACAUGGGGUCUGUUGCUGUUGCAGAACCCUAAAUUUUUGUAAUAAAAGAUGGGUAGAGCUAUUUUAAGAUUACAUAUUACAGGGAAGAUCCAUAUUUAAUGUUCAUGUUCAUAGAUAUACUGUACAUUGCUAGUUUAUGCCAAAUAUUUUUAUAAAGCAAAACUGUUUACUAAAACAAUAAGAACCUUUUUGCCUCAGAAUCUUCUACGUACAACUACUCAGUUAGUAUGGAAUUGUUAUUUUUUCGCGGCAACAUUACAAAUCAUUCAAUUAGUGUUACUUGUGCACACAUUAUCUGCCUUCUUUCAUCUCAUUUGUAAUGCAUAUAAAAAUAUUCCUUUCAUUCUGCAAAAUAAUCACUCAACAAGCCUCUCAUCUUGCUUCAGACAUUUGAGUGCAUUGAAAAUUAUGUCAGUGAAUUGAAGAGUUGACAGAUGUGAGUGAUGUAUGGUGCAUUUGUGGUUUCUUUGAAAGUCUUGUUGUAUGACUUUGCCUUUUAGCAUGGUUGCUAUUUUUAGACAAAGUGUGUUGUCUAUUUGUGGAACUUCUUGAUCGCCCUAAAAAAACACAGACAAUUACAGACAAUCUCCAAAGAUUGUAUAUCAACAUCAACAAUCAAUCAAUGUACUAAUCUCAUAACUUCUAUUGGUUUUUUGGGUGCAAAUUAAUUGGAAAACCUAAAGUUCUUGACAUUUGAGUUUGCUUACUUUUCUCCAAACUUAAGAUGACUAUGUUGAAUAUUCACAAUUUAGUAUUGAAUGAUCCCAACUUAGAUUUAGAAUUGCAAGUUUCAAUUUUUUCUAGAUUCUUGUUUUACUGUCUGAAUUUAGAAAUGAGGCAGCAACAUCGAUUCAAUGAUUUGCUUCUAUGAUGUAGCAAAAAACAGUAAGGGCUUCAUGCAGUCCUUUUUUCAUAAGUGUAAUUGUAAAAUGAAUUUUCCAGUUUCCAGACAUUCUUACUAACUUCAUGUAAGUAUUGAGCCUGUCUUUGUUUUCAGCUUUUCAUCUCUGCUUUAGCAGGAAAUAUUGAUACUUUCUACUGUUAGGAACAAUGUGGGCUUUUCACAAAUUUCCAGUUAGGGUUGAGGGAAAUCUAACAAGCACAAUAUUGAGAUGAAAAUGAAUCUACUCUGAAGUUAUGCUUGGAAAAUUAAAAUUAAACUUGCAGGUUGUCUCUAAUUUGUUGCCAAUGUCUCAAA